UCUUGUAUUAUCCAACCGCUGAUUCAGCGUCGGUGUGCCGUGCAGUGAACAUACCCAGUGAACGAACGCUCCGCCGGUGAGUCGCCGCCGCGCGAAAGAGUUGAAUGCCCUGGCCCAGUGUGCGGUUCUGUGUUGUUGUACCCGGGGCCCCGAGCCUCCCAACAUGAACUUGAACGUUUCUUCCACAGAUUCCUUUAACUGAAAGUCACCGAAACUGGUCGAACGAUGAUGGACUGCUUCUGCUCCAAACCCAUCUCGGUUCACUGCAAGAUCGUAUUCCUGGACGAAACGGAGCUGGUGCACGAGCUGCAGAACAACUCCCCCGGUCAGGCCCUGCUGGACAUCGUGUUCCGACAUUUGAACCUCCUCGAAACCGCCUACUUCGGCCUGAGAUACCUGGACCUGAACGGCCAAACCCACUGGCUGGACCCGACCAAAAAAUUAAACAAGCAAAUCAAAGGCCCCGACCCCUACACCCUGUACUUCGGCGUCAAGUUCUACGCGGCCGACCCAUGCAAACUGCUCGAGGAGAUCACCAGGUACCAGUUCUUUCUGCAGAUCAAACAGGACAUACUGCAGGGCAGGCUGCUGGUGCCGUUCGAGCUGGCGGCCGAACUGGGGGCGUACAUCCUCCAGUCGGAGCUGGGCGACUACGAUCCCCGGCGGCACAGUCCCGGCUACGUGUCCGAGUUCCGUUUCCUGCCCAACCAAAGCGUGGAGCUGGAGAUGCGGAUAGCGGAGCUGCACCAGACGCUGGUGGGCCAGCUUCCCUCGUCCGCCGAACUGAACUAUCUCGACAAGGUGAAGUGGCUGGAGAACUACGGCGUGGACCUGCAUCCGGUGUUGGGCGAGGACCACGUCGAGUACUUCCUGGGGCUGACGCCGAGCGGCAUCAUAGUGCUCAGGAACAAGAACACGGUGGGCAACUACUACUGGCCCAGGAUAACGAAGAUCUACUUCAAGGGCCGGUACUUUAUGUUGCGAGUGACUGACAAGAACAACGACGAGUGCACGUACGGGUUCGAAACGCCCUCCAAGUCCGCUUGUAAGCAUCUGUGGAAGUGCUGUGUGGAACACCACGCGUUCUUUAGGCUAGUGCAAGUUACCCCCGCGUCGCCCGACAUCUUCGCCCUGGGAUCUCGGUUUAGAUACAGCGGUCGAACAGAGAAACAAGCCGUGCGCGACGCCCAGAUGAAGAUGCGUUCCCCGCCGACCUUCUCCAGGACCCCGUCCAGGAAGUUCCAGCGACGACCCGGCGGCUCCAACAACGAACCGCCGCAGCCCGUCGAAAGCACCAUAUCAUCGCAGUUCCACCCGCAGGAAGUCAAACACAUCUCCCUACCCCUGCCCGUGGAGAACUUCGAGAACGUCGGUUACAGCUCGUCCAAUGCCAAAAAGUUCGACUCGCCGAGGAGCACGAGGAGUGCCCCCUGGUCCCAGCCACAUUCCAAAGGUUUAUAUAAUAGUUCGUCAGUACCUCCUAGUCCGCGAUCGGUGCGAUCUGGCCGAUUCAGAUCGAGCAGCGUCGACAGCCAAAGCUCCAACGAUUCCAGAUCGUGCAAGAAACGCCGGCACAGAAGCAGGACGUCGGACAACGAGAGCGAGCUGUCCAAGGGUUCGUCGCGGUCACGAAGGAAGCACCGCAGGAGACGGUCGAAGAGCAAGCGCGACUCCGGCUCCGAGUACGAGAGCAGCAGGUCGCACGAAAGACGCAGCAGCCGAUCCAAAUCGAACAACUACUACGAACUGGUCGACUCGCAGAACCAGUGGCAGGAGAUCCAGAAGAACAGCGAGCACAGCGGCAUACAACAAGCCAACGUCGUGAGGAGCAGCAAGUCGCACGACAGACGGUCCAACUCGACGGACACGUACAACAAUCGGCAGCACAAGCACAGGAAGCACCGAUCCAGGUCGAGAUCGCCGGGCGAUUCGAACAAAACGUGGAUGACGGAUGAGCUUAAGAAGCAUUUGGAGUUUGAUCUCGUCGAAACGAACGGCAUGAGUGAUCUCCAGUUGAGGGAGAUUCCCUACACAACGGUCCAAAGUAAUUUCUCCAAGCACGUCAAGUUAAAACCGGGCAACAUAAAUAAAAUGGAUGAAAAGAUGAGGAGCAACAAUCACUCACCGUAUUUGAAUCAGUAUUUGGAUAAAAAUCCUCUAUACAAUCAGCAUCAUAGCUAUUUGAACGAAGCUUUAACUAACUUUUCUUAUCCGGAAGAUACCAAUAGUAACUCCCUUAUAGGACUCCCUGAUCCACUUCAGCCCUCCAGUUACUACAACGGAAAUAUUAAUGGGGUUUACAAUAACUCGAUACAUGAUAACAUCGGGUAUCAUCGGAACCAUCAUGAGCAUUCCGAUUCUGGGCUAGGAAUAGAGCAAGAGUUGGAUCUCAAGAAAGGGAUGCAAAAAAUAAUUUAAAUUGAUGUCGUUAUUAAGGAAAAUAUUUAGUUAUAUUUUUCAUUAGUAACCUGUAACUUUUAAAGCACUGUAACAUUUCCAUAUUUGUGAUAUUAUGUAGUGUAUUUAAUAUUUAAAUGUGGAACACCAAAGGUGGUAAUUAAAUGAUAUUGCAAUAAAAUAAAGAGAAUUACAAAUGAGAUAUGCAAACAUAACGUAUGUAUAUUUCAUUUGUGAUAUUGAAUGUAGUGUAUACCAUUUUAAACGUAGAAUUUAUGUAAUUGACUUUGAAAUAUAUGUUACCUAAUGUAUCACAAAUCGUACUAUGAAUUAAAGAGUUUAUUUAAGCGUUUUUAUUGUAUUAUAAAGAUUGUAUCAUCCGAAUGUGUACUAAGUUUGUGUAUAUACUUGUAUUAUAUGGAUUUUAUUUACAAAAAAUUUUAUACUCUUUUGUAAUGGUGCAUAUAUGUCUAUUAGUAGUAAAGUUAAUGCAAUCAAU